AUGAAGUUUUGUCCCAUCCACAUGCUUUCUGUAAGAAUAAUACAAGCUAAGAACAUCAAGACAAGAGACCUGUUGACUGCCUCAGACUGCUAUGUGCGCUUGUGGCUGCCGUCUGCUUUAAAUGGAAAGCUUCGGACUAAAACCAUCAAGAAUUCUGACAACCCUGUCUGGAAUGAGACUUUCUACUUCAGGAUCCAGAGAGAAGUUGAGAACAUUUUAGAAUUGGCAGUGUGUGAUGAAGAUCCACUCACCAAAGAUGACAUGCAGUUCACAGUUCUUUUUAAUGUUGCUAGAAUCAGACCUGGGGAGACACUCCGGGAGACGUUUACUUUGAAAUCAGAGGAAGAGAGGUCCACUAAGAAGUGGGAAAGUUUGGAAGUGGAAUUCUGGAUGGAAAGAAUUCCUGGCCCUCCAGAGCACCUCAUUACCAAUGAUGUCCUAGUGUCUCGUGAGGUUUGCUGCUUGGAAGUGCAAGUGGACAUUAAUGAAAGCAGGAAAUAUUUGAAAGAGGGUAAAAAUCUUGUGCUGACGGUGCCUGCAUCUCAUGAGGGAACACAGAAAACUACAGAGGACACAGAUACUUUCUACUUCCAUUGUGUGAAGGCUUGGGAGCCAGUUCUGAAAGUCAGGCUGCAGAAAGUUUCUGAUAAGGAAGACGACAAUAGCAAUUUAAGUGACACCCUAACAGUACCACUGAAAUUUCUCCCUGUUGGACAUAAAGUGAAAGUAACCCUCCCUGUAAGACAUAAUGUGCCACUGAAGUUGUACCUCCAACUAAACGAUUGCACAGAAAAACUAGAUGUGCGCUUAGGGUAUGAUCUGUGCCGAGAAGAACAAGAAUUCUUGCAAAAAAGGAAGAGAGUGGUUGCCAGUGCCCUGAAAAGAGUUCUUCAUCUGGAAAGAGAUCUACAUGGACACGAGGUCCCAGUAAUAGCUGUUAUGGCAACAGGCGGAGGCCUCAGAGCAAUGUCAGCUAUGUUUGGCCACCUCUUAGCUCUGCAGAAGCUAAAUCUGUUGGACUGUGUUACCUAUCUCACUGGGGCUUCUGGCUCAACAUGGACCCUAGCAGACCUGUAUGAGCAUGCUGACUGGUCACAGAAGACUCUGGAGGGGCCACUUAGGGCAGUUAAAGAACAAGUGACAAAAUGCAAGCUCAACCUUAUGUCUAUAGACCAUCUGAAGUAUUAUCACAAGGAACUCACUGAAAGGGCAAAAGCAGGACAUGUAUCAUCCUUUACAACUCUGUGGUCACUUGUUCAGGAAAUGUUCUUACAUGAACAGCCAAGAAAGUACAAACUCACAGACCAGCGCAAGGCAUUGGAGCAUGGACAAAACCCACUGCCUUUCUAUGCAGUCCUCAAUGUGAAAGAGGAAAAGCUCAGUACUUUCAAAUUUAGAGAGUGGACGGAGUUCUCUCCUUACGAGGUGGCCAUACCAAAAUAUGGAGCCUCCAUUCGUUCAGAAUAUUUUGACAGUGAGUUCUUCAUGGGAAGGCGAGUGAAGAAGCUGCCAGAAUCUCGGAUCUGCUAUCUGGAAGGUCUUUGGACAAACAUCUUUACUAGGAAUUUAUUGGAUGGCUUGUACUGGUCCUCAAAUUCAAAUGAAUUCUGGGAACGAUGGGCCCAAGACAUGGUAGAUAUAGAAAAACAUUCUCCUGAGGAUGAUGUCACUAUGAUCGAGCAUCCGUCUUGUUUGUCAGGGAAGUUGUAUGAAAUGUUUCAGGACAUUAUGACCAAGCGUCCACUACUGGGAAAAUCUCAUAACUUCCUGAGAGGCUUAGAAUUUCAUAAGGAUUAUAUCCAUCAGAAAAAAUUUAUUGAAUGGAAAGACACUGCUCUGGACUGUUACCCUAACAAUCUGACACCGCUGCAGAAGUAUCUUUGCCUGAUAGAUGUUGGCUAUUUCAUCAACACCAGUGGUGCAGCACUUUUCAAGCCAGAGAGAGAUGUAGAUGUCAUUAUCUCACUUGAUUAUGGUUUGGGGAAUGUAUUCAAGCAAUUAGAGAUGACAUACAAAUAUUGCAAGAUACAAAAAAUCCCAUUUCCCAAAGUGGAGCUAAGUAAAGAAGACGAGGAGAACCCAAAGGAAUGUUAUGUGUUUUCGGAUGCAGAGGACCCCAGAGCACCCAUAGUAAUCCAUUUCCCCCUGGUGAAUGACACCUUUAAGGAAUUCAAGGAGCCUGGAGUAAAGCGCGAUCUCUCAGAGAUGGAAGAAGGCAAAGUAAAUCUGGAGAACAACUGCUCACCCUAUUACCUCAUUAGGCUAAUCUACUCCUCUGAAAAUUUUGACAAACUCGUGAAUCUGAGCAAAUACAACAUCCUCAAUAACAAAGACAUGCUCCUCCAGGCAAUCUGGAGUGCUGUAGAACGGAGGAGAAGACGCAGGACUGGGAAUCUCCCCAGCCACUCUGGAACUGGAUACCCCUAG